AUGCCCCACGCUGUGUCGAUGCCCUCAACCGGGCUCCAAGCCCUCAUCCUUUGCGGGCCAGGCUCGUCCUUCCCGACCUUCACCUCCAAUCCCGAUGAGAACCCCAAGGCGCUUCUGCCGAUUGCCAAUCGGCCCAUGGUCUGGUAUCCCAUCGAUUUCUGCUACCGAAUGGGAGUUACGACAGCUAUCAAAACCGCACUAAACACCAACCCUUUCCUGACUGGACUGCCUUUACCCCGGCCUGAUAUUCUGGCACCCGCGGAUCUUGAUCAGAACACCGGCACCGCUGAUAUUCUGCGGUUACCAGAGGUCAGAGAGUUGGUUACGGGCGACUUCAUCGUCCUCCCAUGUGAUCUAGUCUGUGAACUUGGGGGAGAGAAGCUUUUGCAGUCUUGGAUGGUCAAGUCGGCCAGUCUGACAGACUUGUUGGGCACUGCCAGGUUGUCCAACGGACAUCGAUCCCUCCACAGCGGAGGACUUGGAGUGUGGUACAACUCAAAAGCGACUACGCCCGUCAAGAAAGAGAACACUGACUUCAUUGCAACAACACCCUUACCAUCAUCCCCAGUCACUCCUCCGAAGGGCUCCCUCUUCCAGAACCUUUCCAAGGUAGUCUACUCCAUGCCCACGGACUCCCUAAACGACCUCACGGAGGACAGGAAAGGUCUCCCUAUCCGGCACAGUCUCCUAAGAGCGCACUCCCGCAUCCGAAUGUUCACCAACCACCGGGAUGCGCACAUCUAUAUCUUCCCUCGAUGGAUUUUGGACUUCGUCAAGGAGAAUGAUCGCCUCGAAAGCAUCGGCGAGGACGUGAUCGGAUGGUGGGCAAAGGCUGGCUGGCAAUCGGGCCUGGCCGAGAAGCUCCAUAUGCGAACAGUCUGCGGGCAUGGCCGGGUGGAAGAUGAGACGGAAACCCCUCUCGACGGAACUGUGUCACCUGGGGAACCCAGCACUGUAAUCUCCUCAACGAGAGCUUUGUCCGGCGCCAGCGCGAACCAGAGCACAGAGUCGGACGCGUCAGAGGAGGCUAAGUCCUCGCCAACCAAAUCAUCCCAGUUUGAAGUACCGCCGAUCAUUGCCUAUAUCCACUCAGGCGAAGCUACUGCACCACUCAUUCGCCGUGUCGAUACGGCACAGCUGCUCCUCGCCAUCUCACUGCAGCUUGCCAAACUGCCAUCUCUUGAAGAGUCUGGUAUCGAGGGAGCAUCACCUUUCGCUCAUGCAAAGAAGGUUGCUUAUCCAGAAGGUGUGAAACCUCGCACUACCAUUACGAAGCAAGAUAGUCUCAUUGCCGAGAACGUUACCGUUGAAGAGAAGACAUCCAUCAAGGAGUGUGUUGUGGGUGCCAACUCUCAGAUCAACGAGGGUGCCAAGUUGUCCCAGUGUCUCUUGAUGGAAGGUGUCACUAUCGGCAAGGGUUGCAAACUGACGCGAUGCAUUUUGGGGAAGAGAUGCGUUAUCGGCGAUAACUCUGUCUUGACUGAUUGCGAGGUGCAAGAAAAUCUCCUUGUGGAAGCCCGAACCGAGGAUAAGGAUAACAAACUCAUGAGCUCUGAAGGGUUGGAGGCUACGGAAGCGGAGAUGGACGAGGUACUCCAGGAUCUAGACGACGAAGCCGCGACUGAGGAGGCAGUCAUGGAUUAA